UUUGAAUGGAAAAAAGAGGGGGGGGUGCGGCUCUGUGCUGGCGCCUGGCGUUGGCAGACUUUGAACAAUCAUGUCUUGAAACCCAACGAAGAAGACGACAAACAGUGAAAUGCUUACAAAAGAAGCAGCAGCAGCAGCAUCCAGAACCACAAAAUCGAUCCAUUUGAAGCCUGCGAGUGCGAAGUAGGGACUCAUACUCAAAAGAUGAUGAAGGCGGCCUCUUCCUUGCUAGCUCCCAUCGCCAAAAGGCUCGAUGGCAAAGUCGCCGUCAUCACCGGCGGCGCCAGCGGCAUGGGCGAAGCCACGGCCAGGCUCUUCGUCAAGCACGGCGCCAAAGUUGUCAUCGCCGACGUCCAAGACGAGCUCGGCCACUCGCUCUGUCAGGAAAUCGGCUCUGAUUCCGCCGUUUCCUUCGUCCACUGCGACGUCAGCAAAGACGAAGACGUUAAACGCGUCGUCGAUUCCGCCGUUUCCAAGCACGGGAAGCUCGACAUAAUGUUCAGCAACGCCGGCAUAGCCGGCAACAUGGACCCCAGAAUCGCAUCCGUGGGCUACGAAGAUCUCAAGAAAGUAUUCGAAGUGAACGUGUUCGGUGCAUUCUUCUGCGCUAAACACGCCAGUAGAGUGAUGGUUCCGGCCAAGAAAGGCAGCAUCUUGUUCACGGCGAGCACGGCGGCGUCCACCGCCGGUGUGGUACCGCACGGCUACGUCUCCACAAAGCACGCCGUGGUUGGACUGGCGAAGAACCUGUGCGUGGAGCUGGGGCGGCACGGGAUCAGGGUCAACUGCAUUUCGCCGCACAUUGUUAACACGCCGCUGCUGAGGGAGGCGCUGGGGGUGACGGCGGAUAUGGCGGAUCGGUUGAUUGAGGAGGCGGGGAACUUGAAGGGGACAGCGCUUGAGGCGGAGGAUGUGGCGGCGGCGGCUGUGUAUUUGGGAAGCGACGAGUCGAGAUACGUGAGUGGGCUGAAUCUGCUGGUCGACGGCGGCUACACCACCACCAAUCCGGCGAUGCAACUAACGUUGGAGAAAAUAUUGUCGGGCGCGUAGCUUCAACGUUCAUAUCUGGCGACACGUUUGAGAUAGCUUCCAAUAAAGAUAAUGUUUGUUGUAAUAAAAUUUGAAUAAUAGUUCUAAUUUGGAUGAUGUGAUGUGAUUGUCUAGUUUAAUUUAAUUACGAUUCAAAAAUUUUGGUUGGA